AGCUUAUUAGCUAUGAAGAAUUGGAGCCAGCCUCUCUCUCUCAUCCAAUUUUUCCCUUUUUUUAAUUUCCCGUCCUCUUCGUCUCUGAUUCUGUCCUCCACAUUGCGCAUUUGCAUAUAUACCAGUAAACGCUACCUCUAAAACAAAGAACUGAAAAAACGAAAAUUACUUAAUUGAUUAUGGUAACCUCCAGUCCCCGCCGAAUUCUCCCCCUUUGUUUCGUCGUUUUACUGCUUUGCUCCGCCCCCUGCGGCGGACACCGCGACCUCGAUGCGCUGUUGAAGCUCAAGGCCGCAAUGGUCGGCCCCAAAGGUUCUGGGCUCGAGGACUGGAACUCUUCGUCCUCGCACUGCUUCUUUUCUGGUGUUUUAUGCGACCGCGACUCCAGAGUCGUUGCUCUCAAUGUUUCGAAUAUUCCCCUGUUCGGCACGAUUCCGGCGGCGAUUGGGCUGCUGGACAAGCUCGUCAACCUCGAAAUUACCGACGACAACUUGACCGGGAGGCUUCCGGCCGAGAUGGCCAACCUCACCUCUCUCAAGCAUCUGAACAUCUCCAACAACGCGUUCAGCGGCAGCUUCCCCGGCGAAAUCGUGCUCGGGAUGACGGACCUUGAAGUCCUCGAUGCCUACAACAACAACUUCAAUGGGACACUUCCCAUUCAGCUCGUCAGUCUCAAAAACAUCAAGCACCUCCAUCUUGGCGGGAACUACAUCACCGGCGAAAUUCCCGAGGAUUACUCGGAGAUACAGAGCUUGGAGUAUUUGGGACUCAACGGUAAUUUGCUCACCGGAAAGUUACCGGCGAGCUUAAGUAGGUUGAAGAAUCUCAGGGAAAUGUACGUAGGGUACUAUAACAGUUACGACGGCGGAAUUCCGCCGGAGUUGGGGUCGGUGAGCUCGCUGCAAGUCCUCGACAUGAGCAGCUGCAACCUCGUGGGUCCCAUCCCCACCACUCUCAGCCUUUUGAAACACUUGCACUCUCUUUUUUUGCAGGUGAACCGCCUCAGCGGCAGCAUUCCGCCGCAGCUCUCGGCGUUGAACAUGCUCAUGUCUCUGGAUCUCUCCAUCAACGAGCUCACCGGAGAGAUACCUGAGAGCUUCUCGGAGCUCAAGAACCUCACGCUGGUCAAUCUGUACAAGAACAAUCUCUACGGUCCGAUUCCAAAGUUCGUAGGCGAUUUUCCUCAUCUCGAGGUGCUUCAAAUUUGGGAGAACAACUUCACAUUCGAGCUGCCGGAGAACCUCGGCCGGAACGGCAGGCUGAAGGACCUCGAUGUCACCGGAAACCACCUCACCGGGCUGAUUCCGCGGGAUUUGUGCAAAGGAGGUAAUUUGAAAACGGCAAUUCUAAUGGAAAAUCACUUUUUCGGGCCGAUUCCCGAGGAACUCGGGCUGUGCAAUUCGCUGGUGAAAAUCCGAAUGAUGAAGAACACACUCACCGGGACGAUUCCAGCUGGGAUAUUCAGUUUGCCCAAUUUGAUCAUGAUCGAGCUAAACGACAAUUUCUUGUCCGGCGAAUUGCCACAGCAAAUUUCUGGGGGCAAUAUUGGAAUCCUCACACUUUCGGGAAAUCACAUUUCCGGGAAAAUUCCGCCGGCGAUUGGUAAUCUCAAGAGUCUGCAAACUCUUUCCCUGGAGAUGAACAGAUUUUCCGGUGAAAUUCCGACGGAAAUUUUUUAUUUAAAGUUGCUAUCAAAGAUCAAUAUCAGCGCCAACAACCUCAGCAGCGACAUUUCAGAGUCCAUUUCCCGCUGUUCCUCCCUGACGUCCGUUGAUCUCAGUGGAAACAAUUUGGUUGGCGAAAUCCCGAGAGGAAUUGCGAAGCUGAAAGUCCUGAGCAUUCUCAAUUUCUCCAGAAACCAACUCACCGGAGAAAUUCCCGCCGAAAUGAGAUCCAUGACGAGCCUCACGACUCUCGACCUCUCCAACAACAAUUUCGUCGGCAGGCUCCCAACCGGCGGACAGUUUCUGGUCUUCAACGACACGUCGUUUGCGGGAAACCCCUAUCUUUGCUCCCCGCGCCGCGUCCAGUGUCCGUCGUUCCAUAGCCGCAAACCGUUCGCUACCUCCAAGAUCGCUCUUAUCGUCAUCGGACUCUGUACGAUUCUGUUAUUCUUGUUCAUAACGGCUUACCGGAUGAGUAAGAGUGAAAUCCAGAAAUCUUUGGUGUGGCGUCUCACCGCCUUCCAGCGCCUCGAUUUCGGAGCAGAGGACGUCCUCGAGUGCCUUAAAGAAGAGAACAUCAUAGGGAAAGGCGGCGCCGGGAUCGUGUACCGCGGGUCGAUGCCGGACGGCGUUGACGUGGCGAUCAAACGGUUAGUCGGGCGAGGAACCGGGCGAAACGACCACGGUUUCUCGGCCGAGAUAAAGACUCUGGGAAGAAUCCGGCACCGGAAUAUCGUGAGGCUGUUGGGGUACGUGUCGAACAAGGACACGAAUCUGCUGCUGUACGAGUACAUGCCAAAUGGGAGCUUGGGGGAGCUGCUGCAUGGGCCGAAAGGGGGGCAUUUGCAGUGGGAGAGGAGGUACAGGAUCGCCGUCGAGGCUGCCAAGGGGCUGUGUUAUCUCCACCACGACUGUUCGCCGCUGAUUAUUCACAGGGACGUUAAGUCCAAUAAUAUUUUGCUGGACUCGGAUUUGGAAGCCCACGUUGCGGAUUUUGGGCUCGCUAAGUUUUUGCAGGAUGCUGGGGCGUCCGAGUGCAUGUCUUCCGUUGCUGGGUCCUAUGGUUACAUUGCCCCAGAGUACGCCUACACAUUGAAAGUGGACGAAAAAAGCGACGUGUACAGCUUCGGCGUGGUGCUGCUGGAGUUAAUAGCAGGGAGGAAGCCGGUGGGAGAAUUCGGAGACGGGGUGGACAUAGUAAGAUGGGUGAGGAAGACAACAUCGGAGCUCUCUCAGCCAUCUGAUGCAGCGUCGGUACUGGCGGUGGUCGACCACAGGCUCUCCGGGUACCCACUGGCAGGCGUGGUACACCUGUUCAAGAUUGCCAUGAUGAGCGUAGAGGAUGAGAGCUCCGCCAGGCCAACGAUGAGGGAAGUGGUGCACAUGCUCACCAAUCCUCCGCCCGCGGCUCCAACUCCGAGCCUGCUUAACCUUUGAUUCGAUAAUCUUCUGGAUCAAUGUUUUUGAGUAAAUAAAAGCGCAGCACCCGAAAGUGAAAUAAUUAUGUGCAAAAGAUAAACAAGUAGUCGAUUUUUGCUUCAUCGUUGUAAAUGUAUCGUUUUACGUUUUGUUGUUGUAAUGUAAUGUGAUUUUGGUUAUUUGUUCUUUGGGUUUAAGUUCUAUGUUGUUACGUAGUUACGUUAGAACCAACAAAUUAGCGUUUUCUCGGCUCUUAUAUUCUUCUAAUACAAUGAUAUAUCGUUCUAAA